GUUUUUCCAAAUACUAUUAACAAAUGAAAUAUUUUACGACUUUUUUAAUAAAAUUAACAAAUGCUAUGUACAUACACGAAAUAACAACUUUUUACAGUCACCAUGUAUUAAAAAUAGAUAUGUAUAAAAGAAUUACAAGUGAAUAUAAAAUACGGAACUGAUGUCACAGCUAUCUAAGAUCAAAGAUAGAAAAUGUGUUAUUAGUAUUGUCCAAAGUUGUAAUAACGUUUGUUGAAAUUAAGCACUGUAUGAAUAUUUGUUACAUUAACUAUACAUUAAAAAUACGUAUGAUAAAGUUACAUAUGAAACUGAUACGGAACUACCGUCACUAGCCAAGAUCGGUGGAUGUACGUACAUAUAUGUAUGUAUGUAAUUCCAUCCACUUUGAACUCAUUGUGCUAUCGCGUGAUAUUUGAUAUUUGGCGAGCGGUUAAAAAACACAGAGAAAGCUAAAAUGAUCGACGGGAGACUAGUCUUCCGCAAAUCAUGAUGCAUACUAUUUUGAUGAUCCUCGCGAGGUCUGCGUGUUUAUUCGGACAGUGUCGUGCGCAAUAAGUCGGGCAAAGGUAGGAAGCUGAUGAUUAAUGUCACGGUCAGCGAGGUUCUCAGUCUUGACAAGUGGAAAAUCAUGAUCCUCUAAAGUCUAAAGUGACAACACGAGAGCGUCACUUGUGAAAAAGUUUUAUCGUAACGAACGUCAAGAUGGUGGAUCCAAUUUUUGACUAUCAGUUUCGUCUGAUACUCAUUGGCGACAGUACAGUCGGGAAAAGCUCGCUGCUGAAGUAUUUCACCGAUGGGAAGUUCGCGGAGCUUUCAGACCCAACGGUUGGGGUUGAUUUUUUUGCCAGAUUGAUUAAAGUAAAAGAUGGAACGAGAAUAAAAUUACAGUUAUGGGACACAGCUGGCCAAGAAAGAUUUAGGUCAAUUACGAAAUCUUACUAUAGAAAUUCUGUUGGAGUAUUGUUGCUAUACGAUGUUUGCAGCAGAGUUAGUUUUGAACAUAUUCCUGAAUGGAUGACGGAAGCUGAAAUGCAUAUAGAACCAAACCGUCCUGUGUUUGUAUUGGUAGGUUGUAAAUUAGAUUUGAUUACCAAUGGAGGUAGGCGAGAGGUUUCGAAGGAAGAAGCAAGAGCCUUUGCAGAUGAAUAUGGUGUACAUCAUAUCGAAACUAGUUCAAAGACUGGAGUGAAUGUUGAAGAAGCAUUUCAAGCAGUCACGCAGGAAGUUUAUAACAGAAUACAGAGCGGAGAGUACAAGGUAGAAGAUGGUUGGGAUGGUAUUAAAACUGGAUUUGCCAGACCUGGUGGUUUAGAUUUUAAUUUAGUUGAAGCAGAACCAGCAAAAAGUUCUUGUUGUUAAGUUAAUGUUAGUUUUACUCAAAAGAAUUACAAAUUUUCGGAAUGUAGUGGUAAUAUUACAUUUAUGUACUGCAUAUAAUUUUAUUUUAAUUCUGUAUAUUUUCACGUUUCUGUAUAUAUUUAAGUAAUCAUCGACCUAUGUACCACUGCAUUCUUAUACUAGAGAAAAGACUAGUAAUCAUUCUUGUACAUUCUUGUAUAAACAAAUCUGUAUACAUACAGAGAAUUGAAUCAUUUAAGCAUUGACCUAGGAAUGUUUCUUAUUUCAUUUAAAAAGUACUGCGCUUUGCGAUUUUUUGUCUAGAUUGACUGUUCUUUUGAAUAAAAAAAGUAACCAGCUGUGCUAUUUUGCUAGAAUAGUUACUUUCAUAAGAAUUUGUUAUACAUAGAAUAUCUUGAUAAUACAAAAUAAUAAGUUAUAAUGAGUUAAACAAAUACAACUGAAAUCAUUGGUGAUUAUAUAUUGUGUACAUAUAUAAAUUAGUAAUGAAAUGCUUGUAUCGAAUAUACUGAUCAAUUUGUAUAACUUUAAAAAACAUAUUUACAUAAACAUCUGCAGUCUAGUGAUAAUAUUACACACAUAUGAGAAGCCAAAUUUACAUAUACUUUGCUAUUGUUCAUAUAUCAUUAAAAAUUAACAAAUUGCAAGUUUAAUUGACUAGGAAAAUAUUUAUUUACAAUACAAUAACAUUAUUAUACACAGUAUAUAAUAUUUUUGAUGUCGAAAGGUGCAGCGAAUUAUCGUUUUGUAUAAAUAGAACAAAUGCGGCAUAAAUAGUGUUCAUUUAUGAAGUUUUAUACUCAUUAACUGUGGCAUAAAGCAAAAAUCUGUAGAUAUUUUUCAAGAAUUGCCAACUAUGAUAAUAUAUAUACGUCAUCAAAUUUGUAUAGUUCUCUAUACACAUUAUUUGUCUUUUAGUCAAUAAAUAGAAAUAGGAUGCGUGUGCAGUUUUGAAAAUACUGAUUAAUAAAAAUGAGUUUUGUAGCUACAAAAGAUUGUAAAUGUGUUAUGUUAGUAUUGUCCAAAGUUGUAAUAAGUUCCUUUACGUUUUUAACUAUUUCUCUGUAAAUAGAAAUCGUAUAAGUUUUACGUUGAAAAUGUGAAUUACAAAUUUCCGAGCUAUAUUAUUUAACACACACGUACGACACACGCAUACGGAUACAUAUACACGUACAUACAUAUACUGUCUACAAUAUAUACUUUGUAAUUGUAUUCUCUUGAAAUGUAAAAUUUGACAAACUUGAAGGUACAUAUAUCUUCGUGCACUACACAUUUAUAUAUGAUAAUGUUGGAAAAUAUACAGUAUAUCAUAGAACUUUA